AUGGUUGCGCCGCGAUUGCCGCCGCUCUAUGUGCUUAUCGGGCUGAGUGUGCUCACUCUGAUCAUCUACUUCAGAAGCAGCGUCGGUUCAAGCAUCCCUUCCUUCUCCAUCAGCCAUCAAAGCCCCGCCAAUUCAACCUUGGGCUUCGGCGGUCUGUUUGUUGUCUCUGGUCCCGGAAGUCCACGCCGCAACAACCUGAUCCAAUCCGCGAACGUCAGCGAGUUGCACUUUACCAUCCCGACACUGCCAACAUGGUCUGAAGAGCAGAUUCUCGCCUUCCGAGGCAAGGACGACAAAUCCACCAUCACAAACGGUUCCGUCCGCGCGUGGUUGAGCCACAACCUCGUACUCAAUGAGUUCCUCAAGUCCGGUCUCGAGACCGCCUUGAUCUUGGAAGACGAUGUCGAUUGGGACAUCCGCCUGCGAACACAACAAGUCCCGCUCGCUGCCACUGCCGCCCGCGCAUUGCUGCCUCCGGCUGGUGACGAGUACUACUGGGGACACCCCGACGACUGGGAACUCUUCUACGUCGGACACUGUGGAGACUACUUCACAACCCUGGACGAGCCCGUCGGUGUCGGUGUGGUUCACCCUAACAAUCUGACUGACCUCCCUCACGUUGUCUACCCCGACCAGACUCUGCCUCGCCGAACCGAUCUCCACCCCUUUACCUCCUCCCUUAUGACCGCUUUCGAUGUGCCCGAGAAGUCCCGCAUCGUCCACAAAUCUGUCUCGCCACUUUGCACCUUCGGAUAUGCCGUCACUCGUGCUUCGGCUAGACGCCUGGUUGAAGAGUAUGCUCCCGUAACUGGCGACCGCGGCACCAUCGACCACGCCUAUGAUGUUGCCAUCUUGACCGCCUGCCGCGACAAGGGCCUCCGCUGUUACACUGUCAACCCGGAACUCUUGCACCAUAUGGAGGGCGAGAGUCUGAUUAGUAAUCUGGACAACAAGAAAUGGCGCCCACCUGUCGACAAGGCCGGUCUUAAGCAGACCUACUGGAGAGGCGAGACAAGCAACAUUGGCUGUGGUUUCUGGAGCAGAGACUUUAGCUGGAACGGAGACAAGGACAAACUCAACACCUUGAGAGAAGAUGUUGGCCGCAAAGGUCAAUGCCUGAAGAAGGGUCGCUUGCCCAAUGGCGACCGACUCGAUGAGAGCAAGCUGCAGGACAGCAGAUAA